CGCCGUAUCCCUCUGGACGAAACCAUUUUGUGGAGAAGGGGUGCGAAGCGGCGUGCUAACAGCAGCCUGGCAAUUGGCCGGUUCACCUGAUUCGCUGCUUCUGAGCCCCGUAUUACCGCCCAGAAGCGAGCGGCGCUGCCUGCUUCGGCAAUCGGUACGCUAGGCAUGAAGAGGAAGCCCGCGGGUUCUGCGGUGGCUAGUCGGAGCCCCGCGCGGAAGCGUGGCCGCGUCCGGGCGGCGAAGAAGAAGCGGCGGCGGCCGUCGCCACGGACGGGAGACUCCGGCGAUGGGGGCGAGGAGGUCCGACGCGCCCGGCACUUGAGGGUGCUGGCCGGGAGGCCGGCGGUGGAGCGGUGCCUGGAGGAGCUGGUGUUCGGCGGCAGCCAGGACGCCGAGGAGGAGGAGCUGCUGCAGCGGUUGCGGGGCCCGGGCAAGCAGCUUGAUGAUGUAGUCACAGGAAAUCUUCUAAAAGAGGACUCCAGUGACUCAGAAGUGGAGAAUGAAGCAAAAGAUAAUUUUCCUCCAUCUAAAAAACCAGCAUGGGUGGAUGAUGAAGAUGAAGCCGAGGAAAUAAUUGACAUGACCCAUCGUUAUCGGAAAGAUAUGAUGAAAAGUGAUGCAGAGAAGAAGCUUACCAAAGAAAAUCUUCAAAAGAGACUUCAAGAACAGUUUCAGCGAACUAUGGGAGGAGUGCCUUUCUGGGCACAGAAAGACAAGAAGAAAGCCAGAAAAAGUGAAAAUGAUGAUGACAGUGAUGAAGAUGAUGAGCUGCUCCGCAAGACGGGCAAUUUUGUGUCUGCAUCAGAGACUUUACCAAGAGGCAUUUUACAGAUGAAAAAUUGCUUGGAUGCUAAUAAUGAACGUCCUUCUGAUGCUAAACUGAGAACUGUGCAGUUCCAUCCUUCUGCACAAGUAGUUAUGACUGCUGGACUAGAUCAGUCUAUAUCACUGUUUCAGGUGGAUGGUAAAACUAAUCCAAAGAUUCAGAGCAUACAUCUGGAAAGCUUUCCAGUCUAUAAGGCUCAUUUCAGUGCUGAUGGAGAACAAGUUAUAGCUACUGGUACACGCAGUAAACUGUUCUAUGUGUAUGACAUGAUGAGUGGAAAUAUUAUUCCUGUUAAACAAAUAAGAGGAAUGCAAGAGAAAUUUAUCAGAAAGUUUGAAGUAUCUCCAGAUGGAUCGUUCCUGCUGCUUACUGGGACCUCGGGUUAUCUUCAUUUGUUGACAAUGAAGACAAAGGAGCUGAUUGGCAGUAUGAAAAUAAAUGGAAAGGCUGUUGCAUCAGCAUUCUCUCCAGAUAGCAGCAAAAUUUACACAAAUUCUAAUGAGGGUGAAGUUUUCAUUUGGGAUGUGAAAAGUAGGCGCUGUCUAAACAGGUUCACUGAUGAAGGCUGUUUGCGUGGAACAUGUCUUGCUGUAUCAAAAAAUGGACAGUACGUGGCAUGUGGUUCCUGUUCGGGAGUUGUGAAUGUGUAUACCCACGAUGUUUGCCUCAGAGAAACCAAUCCUAAACCAGUUAAAGCCAUAAUGAACUUGGUUACAGCUGCUACGUCUCUGACCUUCAAUCCCACCACAGAAAUUUUGGCAGUGGCCUCCAGUACAGCAGAUGAUGCAGUCAAGCUGGUACACAUUCCUUCACUUACUGUAUUCUCAAACUUCCCUGUGUUCAGAAGAAAGGUCAUUUAUCUUGCUCAGUCGAUGGAUUUCUCUCCCAGAAGUGGGUUUUUUUCCAUAGGAAACAACAAAGGCAAAGCUUUGUUGUAUAGGUUGAAACAUUAUUCGGAUUUCUAAGAGAGACGGUAUGAGGAAAGUUUCUUUGAAUCACAAAAAUAUGCUGUAAUCUUCAGUUACAAGUAUACUGAUUUAAAAAAAAAAAAGCACAAACUGCUGAUUUUUAAAAUACUUUUGUAUUUUUUUAAUGAAAGUUCGUAAGUUCCAAUGUUGUGCUUGUUUGGUGGCUUUUGUGAGUAUUCUGUUGCUUAAUAAAAGCACCUGAUAACA